CUGUGUUUUUAGCAGUAGAAAGAAAUUCGUAAUUUAAAAUUUACACUUCUUUUUAAUAAUAUUUCCAUUUUAUUACACAAAAUGACUAUAACCCACCGUGAUAAGACAACUGAUGCUGAUGACGACCCUGUGGAGUCCAUGCUUAAAAGAACUGGUUGUUUAGAAUUACACUAUAAAGUACAGGAGUGCAUAGCUACUACGAAGGACUGGAGGAAGUGUCAGUCAGAAGUGAAUAAUUUUAAAGAUUGUAUCAACAAACACAAGCAGUCAGAGACUUCACAAGCUAAAUGAACAUGAAAUGGUGUAUUAUAGUUUAUUUCAUAGGACAUGUAUGUUAGGAACUAAAUAAAGUGAAUUGUGAAUUAUGUAAUAAAAAAAUAAAUAUUUAGUCUUUUAAUAAAAUUGUUAAGUUUG